CACCGCUGGAUGAUUUGGGCCGUUCUGAUGGUGAGAACGCGCCGAGAGAAUUACAAUCGAGCAUUGUAGAAGCUCUAGACCCUCACAUAUGCGCAUAGAAGGCCUAUUGGUGCCCUGCAGUGGUCUGCUGGCGAAUUGACACUUGUUUGGAGGAUGUGAUCUGAGCCUGACGGAUACGAAAACACCAUGCCAUGCCUAUCUCAAUAUUUGAUCUACUUGCCCUGACGGACUGGCUGGCUGAUCGCUCACUUUGACCAUCAGCCUUUCUCUAUCCGCAAUUACCAGUUCGACCAGCGUGCUGACCUGACACCCGCUUGGCACCAUUACGGCUUUCCUUCUCUGAGCAGGGAGUCUCUAUCAAGAUCUCUUCAUCCGCUUCAUCCGCUUCAUCCGCUUCCUUCUUCUUAUCCGCUUCAUCCUCUUCAUCCCCUUCAGCUCGCUGGCACUCAUCCCAGCCUACCAGCAUCCUCGUCUCAUCGAGAUCCUACUCUCCCUGUCGAGUCCAUCUCAUUUGAGGCACUGUUUCUCCCACACACAACCUUUCAGCAACGUCCAAUUCCUGUGUCAACUCUAACCUCAACCCAACGCCUUACGCUAAAGUCUGCAAGUCAUCAUGAGUGGUCCCGCUCGCAAGAGAGGUGCUGGUCGGGCGACUAGAGGUCAACCGUCCAGCGAGACCAGCUCUCGUCGCGGUGAUCGCUUACAACCAGGUGGUUUCGCAGGUGGCUACGAUGGUCCUGCCAGUCGAGGUUCUGCCUCAAACGUCGGCUCUGGUCAUGGUGGCUCUCCCACUGCCCCACAAGGUGGCUUCGCUCCUCAAGCGCCUUCUGCAGGAAGUCGUCGUAGUAGCCAAUCUGGCGGUGCACCACCACAACCCAGUCAGCCGGCAGCUCCACGAGGCGAUCCAGCUCGGGAGUCUCAACCACGAUACACUGACCAGCUGCGCAAUGUCGACUUGCCUGCGUCAUUCUACAACAUCGACCAGUUGUACUCUUUGCCCACAGAGUUCACCAAACGCCCAGGCUUCAACAACACCGGAAAAGCUGUCCAAGUCGCAGUCAAUGCAUACCCCGUGGUCCAGUACCCGACAGUCCAGAUUUUCCAAUACGAUGUUGUCAUCGGCAGUGGUUCUGAGAAGCGUGCAGUCCAGCGCAAGGUCUGGAACUCCAAAGCACGUAAGGAUGAAACAGGUCCAUCCAUGUUGUACGAUGGCAGUCGUCUUGCCUGGUCUCUGAAAAACCAAAAGGAGAUUCGUCUCAUGAUCAACCUUGAUGCAGAAGAAGGUCGUCCAUCCAGAGAUGACAGAAACACCUUCCGUCUUCACAUCCGCCAGACAAGACGGCUCGAUAUCAGUCUCCUCCAACAGUAUCUCGCUGGCAGAGUUCAGUAUGGCCCAGAAAUCGGCGAGUGUAUCAGUUUCAUGGACCACCUUCUCCGAGAAGGUCCUUCCAACGACCCCCAAUUCCUCGCUUUUCGCCGAUCUCUAUUCAAGCGCCAGGGACUUCGCAAUGAUCUAGGCGGGGGCAUUGAAGUCUGGCGUGGCGUCUACCAGUCCAUGCGUCUUGCAGAAGGUCAGAAGCUGAUCAUCAACCUAGACGUCGCCAAUACCUGCUUUUGGAAGCCAGGCUCGCUUCUGAGUGCUAUCAUCACCAAGUCGAGGCUGCGUGACGCCAAUCACGUUGCUGCUAUCUUGGCCCCAAAACAGACCAAUGGAUCUCUAGAGCCCAGUGGCGAGUACAAGACCGUCCGGGCAUAUCUCAAAUUCGUCACCGUCAUCGCUCAGUACAAGGGCAACCCUUUCCCCAAUAAGGAAUGGAAGAUUCUCAACAUCAGCCUCACCAAUGCUCAUCAGGAAAUGCUCGACUGGAAAGAUCCCCAGACCAAGCAGCCAACUGGAGAACGCGUUUCAAUUGCUCAAUAUUUCAAACGCAAGUACAAUGUGGCAUUGACGAACCCGAAUCUUCCGCUUGUGGAGAUGACGAAGAGAGGUGUCAAAUACCCUCUCGAGCUCCUCCAGAUCGUUCCAGGUAGUCGCUAUGGAGCCAAGUUGGAUGAGAAUCAGACUGCCAAUAUGAUCAAAUUCGCGGUUUCGCCACCUGCCCAACGUCUUGCUGCCAUCAAUGAAGGCAAAUCAUGGCUCAAUUGGGGAGGCGACAAGUACCUCAACAACUAUGGCCUACGCAUCAGCAGCGAACCCGUCAAGACCAAUGCUCGAAUCCUUCCUCCGCCAGGUGUGAGAUUCGGCAACAAAACUCAGCAGCCUGGUACUAAAGGCCGCUGGGACCUACGUGGCUGCAAAUUCUUCAGCGCCAAUCCUCAGGAACUUGUCUCUUGGGGUAUUGGAAUCUUCCCUGGCCGCAUCAGAGCCGACAAAGCUCAGAUCGACAGAUUUGCGCUAGACUUUGCCCGCGCUUACCGCGACCAUGGGGGUCAAGUGGCAAAUGCCCCUCCAGUGGUUAUGAUGUUGAGGGCUGAUGCUGGUGAAGCUGUUGCUGACCUCUAUCAAGCGACUGGAAAUAAAUUCCAGCGUCGCCCACAGUUGCUCAUCUUUUUGCUCCAAGAUCGCAAUGCAUACCACUACCUUCGCAUCAAGAAAUCCAUGGACGGCAGAUAUGGCAUUGUCAGUCAGUGUAUGCAGCUUCAACAAGUCUUGAAAGGCAAUCCUCAAUACUACUCAAAUGUCCUCAUGAAGGUCAAUGCCAAAUUAGGCGGUACGACUGCCCAAGCGGUUUCAGCUCAAGGAUCAGGGUUCAAAGGCUUUAAUCAGCCUACUCUGAUCAUCGGCGCAGAUGUAUCUCAUGCAUCACCCGGAAGCCCGCAGGCAUCAAUGGCGGCCAUCACUUGCAGCUUCGACAGAUUCGGUGGACGUUAUGCUGCUGCUUGCCAGACCAAUGGUCAUCGUGUUGAGAUGAUUACCGAGAACAACUGGACCAGUAUGUUGAAGCCUCUUGUCUCUCAGUGGAUGAGCCAGGUUGGCGGCGGCGCAGCUCCUCAACAGGUCUACUACAUUCGUGACGGCGUCUCUGAGGGACAAUUUGAUCAUGUUCUUCAUCAGGAAGUCCCCCAUAUCAAGGCCGUCCUCGAAAUGUGCAACAACCAGAAGAAAUGGGGCGGCAAGAUCACCGUCAUCAUUGCCGGCAAGCGACACCAUAUCCGAUGCUUUCCUGGUAACAAUCCCAACGCUGCCGACAAUAAAGGCAACCCGCUCCCUGGUUGUUUGAUAGAGAGAGAUGUCACCACGCCCAACGAAUUCGACUUCUAUCUCUACUCUCACAUUGCGCUUCAAGGUACAUCUCGUCCCACCCACUAUUCCGUCAUCCACGACGACGCGCAGCUUCCGCCAAAUCAUGUGCAGAACAUGCUCUACGAACAUUGCUAUCAAUACAUGAGAUCGACCACCAGUGUAUCUCUACAUCCAGCGGCAUACUACGCUCAUUUGGCAUCCAAUCGUGCCAAGGCGCGCGAAGACAUACCAGCUACCGCAGGACCUCAAGGUGGCCCGGGCUACAAGAUGAAGACUCCAAGUGGCAGUUCCCAGCCCUCGGAUUCUGAGGUUGCUCCACUUUUGCCUCUGUUCACUGGCGCAGGGCCCUCAAUCCUUUGGUCGAUGUGGUACAUCUGAUCAACACCACUUCCUUGACAAGAUAGCCACCAGCUUGAGUCCUGAAUCGGCAUUUUUGUCCCAUGAGUAUCAUCAGCACACAUCCCCAUCGACUUCUGCACACGAGGUUGCUUGCAAGGUCAGCCGGCAUGCACUCAGUGGGCGGAGAAGAAUUGAGAGCAGUUGAAGUCUCUGCUCCGGAACAAAAGGCGAGGUCAUGAUCAAUUGGCCACAUUUCUUUUUGCAGCAUGCAUUGGUUGAGAAAACGGAAUUCACAAAAAAAAGUACAGUCCAGGUGGUAGUCACUUCCAUGCUUCGGGUGGUUUAAGUGGCUUUCCCAGUGAUUGUCAACCAUCCUACAGCACGAGCUUCUCAUUACUUCAGCUGGCUGGAUGGUCUCUCUUAGUUUAGCUUCCCCCAAUGAAAUUCAUUCAAUG